UUCAGCGCAACGAUGUGGGAAGAGAUCAAGUCGAGCAAGAUCGCAACAUAUGGCGCAGUCACCGCGGUGACAGCGAUCAGUCUGGCACUUUUGCGGAAGUGGAUUUCCGGUGGGGUGUGCUACAGCCCUGCCCGUCUCCAUCGCAAGACCGUUCUGAUCACGGGCGCCAACACCGGCAUCGGAAAGGAGACGGCACGGGAUAUGGCACGCAGGGGCGCCCGCGUAGUGAUGGCCUGCAGGGACCUAACCCGGGGUGAGAAGGCAGCGGAGGAAAUCCGUAGCUCAACGGGGAACUCAGAAGUGGUGGUGCAGCAGCUGGACCUGGCCUCCUUUGCCUCGGUGCGACAGUUCGCCAAGCGCUACAGUGAACAAGAAGAACGAUUGGACAUCCUCAUCAACAAUGCCGGAGUGAUGAUGUGUCCCAAAGGACUCACGGUGGAUGGCUUUGAGACACAGUUUGCCGUCAAUCAUCUGGGGCAUUUCCUCCUGACCAACCUUCUCCUGGGGAAGCUGCAGAAGUCCACCCCUAGCCGUGUCAUCACUGUGUCCAGUCUCGCCCACAAAGGUGGAAAGAUCCACUUUGAUGACCUCAGCUUCAGCAAAACAACGUACAACUCGCUGACCAGCUACAGACAGAGCAAGCUGGCCAACCUCCUCUUUGCCAGAGAACUGGCGCGCAGGUUGAAAGGGUCGGGGGUCAUGUCCUUCGCCCUACAUCCCGGGGUGAUCCGUACUGAGCUGGGCCGCCAUGUGGAGCUGCAGAACCCCCUGCUGAAGGUGCUGUUGUACAUUCCUGCCUUCUUGCUGCUCAAGACCCCCUGGGAAGGGGCCCAGACCUCCAUAUACUGUGCUGUGACCGAGGGGCUGGAAGGAAAGUCCGGGAGCUACUUCAGCGACUGUGCGCUGAAGAAGCCAGCCCCGGAGGCCCAGGACGACCUGGUGGCGCUGAGGUUGUGGGAGGUGAGCGCUCAGCUUGUGGGCUACACGGAGACGGACUGA